AUGAAAUACUUUAAAUGCUCUUACCAAAGCUGUACCCUAACAUAUACAACAAAAUAUAAUUUGGAUAGGCACAUAAAUGUUUCGCAUAAGAAUCUACGCUUUCUGUGUAUUACUUGCGGAGAGAAAUUAUGCUCAGCACAGAGCUUAAAAGAUCACAGCUACUGCCAUACAGGAGAAAAACCUUACUUAUGCAAGUUCCCAGGGUGCUCGAAAAAAUACAGACAAGCAAGUCAACUAUCUGUCCAUAAAAAGCAGCAUCAAAAAAUAGAUAAAAAAAAGAAAAAAUUACCUAAAGCGUUUUGGUUAAAUAUUUUAAUGAAGGCGGAUAUAAAAAUGACUUAUGAAAUUCCCUCAAGUCCUUUCAAACUGGAAGAUGCAACAUUGCCUCCCCUUAUUCCAAUAAUAAAUUAA